AUGGCGAAAUACCCUAUGAAUAACCCGGGUGUCAACCCAGAGACCGAAGAGAAGAUUUUCGUGGAAGAAGUGGCGGCUGUGAAGCAGUGGUGGAAUGAUUCGAGAUGGAGAUAUACGAAGAGGCCGUUUACGGCUGAGCAGAUUGUGGCCAAGAGGGGGAAUCUCAAGAUCGAGUAUCCGAGCAAUGUUCAAUCGAAGAAGUUGUGGAAUAUCCUGGAGGAGAGAUUCAAGAAUGGAGAUGCGAGUUACACUUAUGGAUGUCUCGAGCCUACCAUGUUGACUCAGAUGGCGAAAUACCUCGAUACCGUCUAUGUUUCCGGCUGGCAAUCAUCCUCUACUGCCUCUGCUUCAGAUGAACCUGGUCCAGAUUUGGCAGAUUAUCCAUACACCACCGUCCCAAAUAAAGUCAACCACCUCUUCAUGGCGCAACUCUUCCACGACCGCAAGCAGCGAGAAGAGCGCGUCAUGACCAAGUCCAAAGCCGAGCGCGCCAAGCUAGCCAACAUCGAUUACCUGCGCCCCAUCAUCGCAGACGCGGAUACGGGCCACGGCGGCUUGACUGCGGUUAUGAAGCUCACGAAGCUGUUUAUCGAAAAGGGGGCUGCGGGUAUCCAUAUCGAGGACCAGGCACCGGGGACGAAGAAGUGUGGACAUAUGGCUGGGAAGGUCUUGGUGCCUAUCUCGGAGCAUAUCAAUCGUUUGGUUGCUAUUCGUGCACAGGCUGAUAUCAUGGGAACCGACCUCCUAGCAAUCGCCCGCACCGACGCCGAAGCCGCAACCCUCAUCACCACAACCAUCGACCCGCGCGACCACGCCUACAUCCUCGGCUCCACGAACCCCAGACUAGCCCCGCUAAACGACCUCAUGAUAGCCGGCGAGCGUGCCUCCAAGACCGGGCCAGAACUGCAAGCCAUCGAAGACGCCUGGACCGCCCAAGCCGGGCUAAGACUCUUCAACGACGCCGUGCUCGACGCCAUCGCCGCCAGCUCCGUGCACGCCAACAAGAAAGAAAUCUCGGCCAAGUUUUUGGAAGCCGUCAAGGGCAAGAGCAAUACGGAAGCUAGAGCUAUCGCGAGGGGGAUCUUGGGUAGCGAUAUCCAUUGGGAUUGGGAUAGUCCGCGCACGAGAGAGGGGUACUAUAGGCUGCAGGGCGGGUGCCAGUGUGCGAUUAACCGCGCCGUGGCGUAUGGGCCUUAUGCGGAUGCGAUCUGGAUGGAGAGUAAGCUGCCGGAUUUCAAGCAGGCGGAGCAGUUUGCUAAGGGUGUGCAUGCCGUGUGGCCGGAUCAGAAACUAGCCUACAACCUAUCCCCCUCCUUCAACUGGAAAUCCGCCAUGCCGCGCGCGGAGCAAGAAACGUACAUUGCGCGCCUCUCUUCCCUCGGCUACUGCUGGCAAUUCAUCACCCUGGCCGGUCUCCACACCACGGCGCUCAUCUCGGACCAGUUCGCCAAAGCGUACAGCAAACAGGGAAUGCGCGCGUACGGCGAGUUGGUGCAGGAGCCGGAGAUGGAGGGAGGCGUCGAUGUGGUCAAGCAUCAGAAGUGGAGUGGGGCGAACUAUGUGGAUGAGCUGUUGAAGAUGGUGCAGGGGGGUGUUAGCAGUACGAGUGCGAUGGGGAAGGGGGUUACGGAGGAUCAGUUUCAUUAG